AUGUCUCAACAAGUAUGGCUCGUGACGGGAUGCAGUUCCGGCUUCGGCGAACAGUUCAUCAAGACCAUCCUCGAACGCGGCGACAAGGCCAUUGCCACUGCUCGCAAGAUUGAUUCCAUCAAGCACCUUGCAGAUCUCGGCGCUGCCACUUUGCAGCUGGAUAUGACCGACUCUGGACAACUCAUGGAUAAGAAGGUCAAGGAGGCUGUUGACAUCUAUGGCAAGAUCGAUGUUAUCGUGCAGAACGCUGGAUACGGAUAUAUUGCUACUCUUGAAGAUAUUGAGGAGGACGCUCUCCUCAAGCAAUUCGACACCCUUGUCUUUGGUGUGGUUCGCCUCACACAAGCCAUCACUCCUUACUUCCGCAAACAAGGCUCUGGCCACAUCGUUCUGGUCUCUUCACUUGCCAGUACCACGGCCAUCCCAGCAGCCGGUCCCUACUCUGGAGCCAAAGCGGCUGUAGAAUCCUUCAUCAAAUCCUACGCCCAAGAAGUCAAACCCGCCAACAUCAAAGCCCUCAUCCUCCAACCAGGCUCCUACCGCACCAACAUCCGCGAAGUCACCCGCUUCAAAGAGAACCUCCCCAAAUCCACCACCGAACACCAAGCCCUCUACGACAACGUCACCAAACUCAUGGAAGCCACCCACGACACGCAGGAAGGCGACCCCCGACUUUUCUGCGAGCUGGCCUGGGAUCUCGUCAAGGGGACCGGUGUCGCGGAGGGGAAAGAGAUUCCCUUGGCGAUUUCGACGGGUGGGGAGGCGGUGGAUUAUGAGUUGGCGAGGCGGGAGAAGGACUUGAAGGAGUUGCAGGAGUGGGAGGGCGUUGUGAGGAAGACGGAUUUUCCCGGGGCGAAGAAGGGGUGGAGUUUGACUGAGAUAUAG